GAGGACUGAGCGCUGGAAUGACAGAUUCUCUCCGCCGAGCCAUUUACCGCGAGACUCGAGUGACGGAGAUAAAGUGUAGCGGACGACAGAGGCGCGCGGGGGGAUUUGAUGGAAAUGCGCAGUAAGGCGGCUCUCCAGGCUGCGCUGUGGGACUCGUUCUGACGGGGCAGCUGAGCCGGCAGCCACCUUUCUGGGACGCUUUGACUUUUUCAGAGGAUCGCAGUCAUGCUCGGGGCUCUUUAUUUCCUCUUUCUCUUUACGGUGUCAGGUGCACUUAUGGACCUGACAUUGCUUUCCAAUAGUGAGACGUCUUUGCCCUCGGAAUUCUACCUUAUCUGCAUAUCUGGAGAACGUGAAUCUCUUAACCUUGAUAUCAAGAAGGACAACAGUAUCAUACAACUGACAAACCGUCCCCAGUACAAAGUUGAGAGAACCAAAGUCCAGGAAAUCAAGGCCACAGGCUUUGUUGGCUUGGGGAACGGAGGCAUCUUCUACUGUGAGGCUAUUCAAGGUCACAGGCAGAUUACGACGGUGACUCUUAUCAGUAACUUUGGCAAAGAACACUUUGUCCCGAAGCACCUUACAGAAACAGUCAGCAUAGGAGACACGGUGCAUCUCAUCAUGUAUGUCCUUGCCACACAAAGCAGAGAUGUUACCUGGAAAUUUAAUGGAAACUACUACUACAUGACUCACUGGGUUGAUGUAAUCAACAAAACAGCGGUCUUGACACUGGAUAAUGUGUUAAAGACACACGAAGGCAUCUACAGCGCCAGCUAUGUGGGUGACAGCCCACUUUACGGUGCCUAUAUGCGGCUCAUUGUUAGAGCUUGUAGACAUAAGAAGUGGGGAUCUGACUGCGAUCAGGACUGUCCCGAGUGCCUGAAUGGUGGCAUCUGUCAUGACAAGCAGGGGGACUGCAUAUGUCCACCAGGCUUCAUGGGAAUGCGUUGUGAGACUGCCUGUCGGGCAGGAAUGUUUGGACGCAACUGUCAAGAGUCAUGUCGAUCAUCAAUGAACUGCUCAGGACUGUCCUUUUGUCUUGUGGAUCCUUACGGCUGCUCCUGUGCCAGUGGAUGGCAUGGGCCUCGUUGUAACAAACCCUGUGGUAAGGACAUGUAUGGAGCUGGCUGUCAAUUACACUGCAAGUGCAAAAAUGGAGGAGUUUGCAGCAGAUUCAGUGGUUGCCAGUGUCCCACAGGCUGGCGUGGGCUGAACUGUGAGAAGUCAGAUCAUCCACCACAGAUUUUGGAAAUGGCAAGCAGUUUAGAGUGGAAUCUGAAUUCCAGCCCUAAGAUCAUGUGCUCUGCCACUGGCAACCCCUUGCCUAGUCACACCACCAUUCAGCUUCGAAAAGUGGACAGCGCAAUCCUCCAGGCAAAGCACACUACUAUGGACUCUAAUAAGAGUACGGCCCACUUUGAGAUUGCACGUCUGUCUACUGAUCAUGGAGGAUUGUGGGAAUGCCGUGUUUCCACCAACGGGGGGCAGGACACACGCAAGUUCAACCUGACUGUUAAAGUGCCUCCAUGUCCUACAAGUCCUCCAAAACUACUGGAGAAGAGGAGUAAACAGCUGGUGGUCAAGCCUGUUGAUACCUACAAGGGUGAUGGACCCAUUAUCUCCACCAAACUCUUGUACAAACCCAUGGAAACUGGCGAUUCCUGGUCAUCCAUCAUAGUUUAUAGCACAGAGCCCAUUACUUUGAUGAACCUAAAACCAUCAACCAGGUACCUGGUGCGGGUCCAGCUGACACGUCCUGGAGAAGGUGGAGAGGGAGAUGUUGGACCUGAGGCGAUCAUGGAAACAGACUGUCCAGAGCCCACGGUGAGGCCGGAGAUUGAUUCCAGCUCAUUGGAAGGCCGUAACAUCACAGUCAGGUGGUUGUUGCCCGAGGGCCCAGGCCCCGCCAGUAGGUUUUUAGUUGAGCUCAACGGACCCUCUGGGGAAAAGCUGGCAGAGGAAACCACCUUUCUCAGUGUGCUCUCCACCAAGUUCUACAACCUGGAGUACAACCGUGACUACCAAGUGGUCGUCAGGCUAGUCAACUGUGGCAGCCUCGGGCAGGCCUCAAAACCCCUCCCCAUCCGAAUCAACAGCCAGGGGCCAUCGGCUCCACGUAAUGUGCAUGCCAGUACACUGUCCUUCAAUGCAGUGCGCCUAAGGUGGCAGCCUCCCGAGGAUCCCAAUGGUGGAGUUGUUAAGUAUAUAAUUGAGUACCAGCCUGUGGGCCAAGGAAGUCUGCAUCCAUGGGUUGACACAGAUGAUGGCAACAAGACCACCAAGGAUGUCACAAUGCUCAAUAGCAGUACACAGUACCAGUUCCGUGUGCGGGCCUUCUCCAAAGUACCGGGCGAGUGGAGUAUAUUUGUUCAGGCCUGGACACAGGGAGAUGGUCAUCCCAACUUCACCCCAACAUCACAGGGUUGGGGAAAGCCACAAGGCACUGACAGCCACCAGCUGCUUGUGGCCAUUGUGGGCUCUGUGAGUGUCACUUGUGUGACCAUCCUGCUUGCUUUGUUGGGCCUUUUCUGCAUACGCAAAGCCAUGGUCAACCGUCGGCGGACCUUCACCUACCAAUCCGGAUCUGGGGAAGAGACCAUCCUCCAGUUCAACUCUGGGACACUGACACUCACUCGGCGGCCCAAACCCCAGCCUGAACCUCUCACCUACCCCAUUCUGGAGUGGGAGGACAUCAAAUUUGAGGAUGUCAUCGGUGAGGGGAACUUUGGACAGGUCAUAAAAGCCAUGAUCAAAAAAGACGGCAACAAAAUUAGUGCUGCUAUUAAGAUGUUGAAAGAAUUUGCAUCAGAGAAUGACCAUAGAGACUUUGCAGGAGAGCUAGAGGUGCUUUGUAAGUUGGGUCAACAUCCCAACAUCAUCAACCUGAUUGGAGCUUGUGAGAAUAGGGGGUACCUCUACAUUGCCAUCGAGUAUGCCCCCUAUGGGAACCUACUGGAUUUCCUGAGAAAAAGCAGGGUCUUAGAGACCGACCCUGCUUUUGCCAAGGAGCACUGCACUGCCUCCACCUUGACCUCCCAACAGCUGCUCCAGUUUGCAGUUGAUGUGGCAACAGGCAUGCAUUAUCUCAGUGAAAAACAGUUUAUUCACAGGGACUUGGCAGCACGAAAUGUGCUAGUGGGAGAGAAUCUGGUCGCGAAAAUUGCAGAUUUCGGCCUGUCCAGGGGGGAAGAGGUAUAUGUGAAAAAAACCAUGGGAAGGUUACCUGUACGGUGGAUGGCAAUUGAAUCAUUAAACUACAGUGUCUACACCACAAAAAGUGAUGUGUGGUCUUUUGGAGUUCUUAUGUGGGAGAUUGUAAGUCUAGGUGGAACCCCAUAUUGCGGGAUGACCUGUGCCGAGCUUUAUGAAAAGCUGCCUCAGGGGUACAGAAUGGAGAAGCCACGGAACUGUGAUGACGAGGUGUAUGAAUUGAUGAGGCAGUGCUGGAGGGAUCGGCCACAUGAAAGACCCCCUUUCUCCCAGAUCUGCCUGCAGCUCAACAGAAUGCAAGAGGCCAGGAAGGCAUAUGUAAACAUGGCUCUCUUCGAGAACUUCACCUACGCUGGAAUCGAUGCUACUGCAGAAGAAGCCUGACUAACAGCCUCAGCAGACUGCUGUGGCCGUACCGGCUCUCACCGUUACUGCCUUUUCCCAGAAGUCUGCUCACACCACAGGAUUAAAGACGUAGCAUGGACACAGAACUGAUAGCGAAGAGGCUGUGAAAGCACCCUGAAAGGGCCUGAUAGGACCUCGGAUUCGAUGGAGCAUGCCUUGGCUGUCAUAGAGAAAGUAUCUCUGGCUCUGUGAGUUACACAAUAGUUUAUGCCCACAGGUAAGUGAAUGGGAGACUGAUAAAUGCUGUUUUAUAUCUGUGGUGUCCAGCUUUUAGAACACUGUUUUAAUUCCUUGGGCUUUUGUUUUUCUUUUUUGUCACGAAAACAUGCAAAGUGCAAAUCACAGUCACUGAACUGAGAUGGUAAAAUAAGGUGUUUCAUUGUGAUAUGUACAUAAGUAUAUUUUCAGUGAUUCAUAACUGAAUAAUGUACAUGAAACUGGCUUUGGGUGCUUAUAUGAAGUUUUUAUAACUCUCUAAGGCACUUAUUUAGGUUAGUCAUUAGUCUGACCCAAUCUUGUAUGUACUGUGUAAAUGAACUUGCUUUCAUUGACAGCACUGAAUUAUACCUGUUAAUUUAGCUUCUCUUCAUGUUUUA